AUGUUCGCCAAGCUUUUCAAGAUCGCCGUCGCCUCUGCCGUCGCUGUUGGUGUUAUGGGUACUCCCUUGCCCCAGUCCAACAAGCUUGCUGCCCGCUGGAUGUCCUUCGACAACUGGGGAGGAUUCUCCUCCAUGAACGGAUUUGACAACUUCUACGGUGCUGAAAACUUCUGCGGCCACAUCCAGAGCCAGACCAUCAUUGAGCAACAGCAGGAAGUUGUCUGCCACAGCCAAUCCAUCGAGAUCAUUCAACAGCGUCUCUUGGUUCUCCAAGAGAUGGCCAAGAGGAUCAUCUCUGAGCAGAUCUGCGAAGUCGAGACCCAGACCAUCGUCUUCGAGCAAUUCUACUCCAGCCUUGGCGACUUCAGCGGUGACCUCUCCCGCAAGUCCGGCCGUCACGUUGGCUACGACAGCAACAUCGUCAGCCACUUCGGCAGCCUCCAGAACUCCGACGGUUCGCUGAGCAGCAACGACCUCGGCUUCAGCGGCUCCGACUGCGGAAGCAGCACCAUCGUCCCCAGCGGCUCUAACUGGAGCGAUGAGUCCUCCCCCAUCUCCGUUGGCAACGCGUACAACGCUGCCCAGUCGGCCAUCACCAGCUUCCCCUCCUCUUCUUAA